GGCUGUCCGCGGCAUUCCUCCGGACAGCCCGCUUCUGGCGCGGAAGGGUUAGUCGAGCCCGAGCAGCGAGUCCGUCCAGACAGACCACGCCAGACGAGAUCCCCACGAAGAUGGUGUGCCAGCGCGUCCUCCUCUGCGCCCUCGCGUGUCUGCUCCUGGUGGCAGCAGUGCGCGGUGACUGUGGUGACUACAAGGAGGGACAGAAGUGGCAGACCGGGCCCCCAGACACCUGCGCAGAGUACACCUGCAAGAACGGCAGCAUCAAGGGCAAGACAUGCCCCACCUACAAGGUGCACUGGAAGUGCAAGAAGCUCCCCGUCGCCGAGGGCGCCGUUUUCCCCAACUGCUGCCCGCGCUUCGAAUGCCCAGAGAACCUGGACGACUAGACUGGCGACUAGCGGGAGCGGGCUGAGCCACUGAUCCUAAGCAUGUUCACGUUCACUGGUAAAACAAGUGUUUAAUGUUAAACGCCAAUUGAUAUUUAAGUUCAAGUGAGCAUUUUCUCAACUCAUUGUGGUGUUUAACUAGGUUAAAGGUCAAUUGGUGUUUAAACUUUAAACACUUCCGAAAAGUAUAGCACCGGCACGCCAUAUGGUUCCUAGGUUUGUGUGUGUCCAAGUGUGCAAAAUCUAAACGUUUACAAAACGUUUAAAAUGUGCACACCUCGCAAGCAACUUGAGCUAAACACCAUGUAAUGUUUAAAAUCAUGACUUAAACACGUUGGUGUCUAAAUUAUUCACCCUUUUUUAUCAGUGUUUGAUAUCAAAAACGUGAUUAAAGACAUGUGCACCUUGA